AUGGAGCUACUGCAGGAGUUUGUGGAUGAAUGGAAGCAACAUGUCUGCAGAGUGAAGGAAAGUUUGAUAGUGAAUGAAAAGAAAAAUGUGAAGGAUGAAAUAAAGAAAGUGAGCAAGCAGAGCAGAGAAGCAGAUGAGAAAGAGAAUGUGGCAAUAGAUGAUAAUCAGUGUGAGGGAGAGAUCGAUGGAGUAUUUGAUAGGGAGAGUUUGGAUGCUAGCUGUAUUCCUGUGAUCAAGAGCAAGGCGCAUAAUGAAUUUGAUAAAAUUUGUGAGCUUGAUACAUGUACUAAAAAGAGAAGCAAGGCCGUGGAAGAUCAGUGGGAUAUUGAGAAUUCACAGGUGAGGAGCAUUAAAGAGACCAGAGAGGGCAUGAGUAGAUUUGGAUAUAGGGAUGGGAUUGUGAUGAAUAAAGGGAAUGAUCGAUAUGGAAAUUCUAAGCUCAGGAAGCCAUCUGAUUGUGGAUAUGUGGCUGAACUGAAGAGCUUAGGCACUAGUUGUGCCAAGAGCAAUAAAAGAACGAUUGAUGAGAAUAGAAGUGAAGUGAAGCAUGAUACAACCAAAGAAAAGAAAGUGAGCGAUGGAGGAGAUAACAUGAAGUUGAAUGCAGCUCUACAGCUGAUGAAGAGAAAGUACAUGAACAAAGUGAAUGAAUCGAUCUGUAUACCCAAAGAAAGUGAAUUCAAAGAAGAGCAGUUAAUACGUGAUGGCAUGACAAUGCCAAAUGUGAUGAACAAAUAUGAUGAGAUGGGAAGCGAUGAUGGCAAGAAAAGAGAUAUUAAAGGAUUGAAUGGAAGCAAUCUGUAUAAGAAGGUAAUUGAUAACCAACUGCUCAAGUCUGUACCUGUAAAGGAGAAGCAUGGAGAUAAGAAAUCCAAAACGUACAUUCCAAAGGUUGGCGAUGAUGAUGCAAUAACAGAUCUAAACUUUGUGAUUCCUGAGUUUGCAAAGGAUCCAGCCAUAAACUUCAAGGUGAAGAUGCAGGAUCAUGGUGUUCUUGAGAGGUAUUUUUCGAAUGGACAUGAGAUUGAUGUUGAGGUGUUAUUUCCACAUGUGAAGAAUGUGUCGAACGACAGUCCUAACAAAUGGCCGUCUCAAAGAAAUGGCCCAUGA